GCCAAAUUUUGUUGCGUGGUGCAAAAUAGUCGUGGUUAUCAAAGUUGAGAAAAGUCGUAAAGUGAAAAUACGAAAAAAAUAAAAAAUGUUAUGUGAUUUCGUUAACAUUUCAAGGGGAAAAUAUUUGUAGAGAGUUGAAGUUUAUUAGUACGGAGCCGUGAUUUCCCUAUCUACAGAUAUAGUGACAUUCAGGCUUAUAUCUAGACGCUUAAAAUUUUAUGAACGAUAUGCACGGAAUUUUGAUUGUAUAAUGAAUGUCUUUGGAAAGCCAUUAAUCGUCUGUAAACUACACUAUGAUUUUGAUAGCACUAAGUUAAAAUAAAUGAAUUCUAGUGAUAAAGUUUGUGAAUUUUUAUGAAAAUGAUUCCGCGUGUCAGAAAAUAUGAACAUUAAAUUGCUAUGAAAUAGGCCUAGCUACGAGUGCAGUGAUAUGCGAGAACUCUGUUUUUAAAAUGUGGUUUUUAGUGCUUGCAAUUUGUAUCGAUUUCAGGGAUAGUAUUUUCAUUAAAACUUUAUUGAAAUAUUUAUUUUUCGCUUUAAAUUAUUGCGGUAUUCCCGCCUUAUAAAACAUGAUUGCUAAAUUUUGAACUCAAAUUAAAAACAUCAGUUGUAAAGACAUGAUCAUGUGACAGUUUGGAAUAAAAUAAAAUCGUGUGCAAAAAGUGCUUGGAUAAUUUGGAUUGGUGAAUAUCCGUUGCUAAAAAUAGCUUCGAUAGGGCUCGUGCGGAAUGCGACCAAUCAGAUUGAGUGUUACUUGGUGGCUAGGUUGUGUGAAUUGCAUCUUGGUUCUCUUGUGUUUGGUGAAAACUUUUACAUCAGCAGAAACAAAGACGUUGAAUGAAUUCUGGUUCAUAAGUCAGUUGCCGCUUCAAGCGGUAAGUUCUGGCAUUAUCUGUGAUAACAUUCCCGGGUUAAUUGGAAAACAAAGACGAAUGUGUCGUUUGCACCAGGACGCAAUGGUUCCCCUCGGACAGGGGGCGCUAGAAGGGGUACACGAGUGCCAACACCAAUUUCGAAAACAUAGAUGGAAUUGCAGCACAUUGGAAAGGGACGCUUCAGUGUUUGGAAAAAUACUUUUAAAAGUCGGGACACGAGAGGCAGCAUUUGUUUAUUCCAUAUCAUCUGCUGGUGUUGUAUAUUCCAUUACACGUGCGUGUAGUCUAGGUCAUUUAAGCACGUGCGCUUGUGAUCCCGGUAAGAAAGGGAAAAGUCGAGACAAAAAAGGUCAGUGGUUCGAGUGGGGAGGUUGUAGCGAUGAUGUCAACUAUGGUAGAAAAUUUGCUCGCACGUUUAUUGACGCUAAGGAGAGGAAAAAUAUGGACGCACGUGCAUUGAUGAAUCUUCACAACAACAGAGCGGGUCGCCAGACUGUAAAAAAGAUGCGGAAACUAGAAUGUAAAUGUCACGGAAUUAGUGGGUCAUGCGCAAUGAAAACAUGCUGGCGUGCAAUGAGAGAUUUUAGACGUGUAGGUACCUUCCUGAAGAAACGAUAUAAUGGAGCCGUUAAGGUGAUGAUGAACCAAAAUGCCGCAGACAGCGAGCUGAUAGUUGCCAAUAAAAACUUGAAGAAACCGACAAAAUUUGAUUUAGUAUAUUUUGACGAGUCACCAGACUACUGUACAAAAGAUUUAGGGCUAGGGUCCUUUGGAACUAGCGGACGAGAGUGUAAUAAAACGUCUAUGGAUACAGACGGAUGUGACAUCAUGUGUUGUGGUCGAGGUUUUGACACUGAAGUUGUACAGCGCGUGGACCAAUGUGAAUGUAAAUUUCACUGGUGUUGUGACGUCAUAUGUCAAAACUGCACAAAGACUGUUGAAAGACAUACUUGUAGAGGCGAGGUUCCAUACCCAAGGUCCACACAUAGAAAUUACGGAUUGAGACUGUAGGAAAAUACAGUUGGUCAGCUGGGUUUGCAAUAUCUGACGCAAUCUUAAAAAAAAUCCCCAGCGUCUACGUCCCUACAGUUUUACACACAUAUGGUUGUUUGUCAGCUUAUUUAUCUAAAGUGACUUUUAAGUCGAGAUCUGAUUAUAGUUUGAAUGUAAAAGUAACUACAUGUACAAGGUGCUGGAAAUUUAGUGACAAUUAUAUGGAUGUUGAAGUAUUUGAAACAGCCACUUUUUUAAGGAGAGUCAUGGUAUUUGAGGAAUAAAAAGGGUGAAAAGCAACAAAAAACCAUAACAUACAAAAGAAAUUGUCUCAGACGAGAUUUCGACUAAAAAGUACCUGGCGCAAUAUGACGAAUCUGAAAUAAUUGUAGAUGAAUAUGAUGUUAGCGUUAUGUACAUAUAGGAGUUGACUAUGACUGUCAAAUUUAUUUGUUGCAGAUACAAAUGUUUUAUUGAAUUUGCAACUGAUUAGAUAAAUGGAAUAUUUUUUUAUAAAAGAUUGUUGUUACUUUUGAACUAUUAAAAAAUGUUAACUUGAAAUUUUGUACAUGCAGUCUUUUAGACCAGGUAGGCAAGACUUUUGUCUGUAGAAGACAACUACAAGAGAUGCUAAAUGUUCAUUUCACAGUUGGAAUGACUUAAAUACAAAUAAAAAAGGUAAAUCUUCAAGAGUAAUGCUACAAAUAUAUUCAACAAAAAGCAAACUGUACAAUCAAUAUGUACACACAUUUUUUUCCGAGGUAAAGGAAGCUUAAAUUAUUUGGUUUUGAAGGAACAUAAUUUGCUUGAUCAGAAGUUGUUCUAUGAUAAGUUGAUAACAUGUAAUUUAUCUUGGAUAAUUCAAGAUGUAUACAUGUAUAUAUAUGUUGGUGAACAGUGUAAUAUAUGUUUCUCUUGUGAUAUGUGAUAUACCUCAUUGUAAAUAUUGAGAUUAAAACUAAUAUGCUGUAUUUCAUCUUUGGACUUUUAUAUAAUAGCAUCAGUUUAUAUGUUAGACCCACAUUAUUGUAUCCUUUUAUACUGACGUUCUUAAAUGUUUGACGGAGUUUUUAUUAGUUUUAUUUAUUUCUUAAAAAA